AUGCAUGAACCACUUGUUAAUACUGAAUGGCCAUGGGCUAUGAAUUUUGGAUCUAUUGGUGUUCUACUUGCUCAAGAGCUGUUCGCUAGUAUAGAUGGUCCUGAUGGUGAGUAUUUACAACUGUCAUUAAUAGUUAUAUAUAUAUGUAUUUCAAUGAAUUCAGGUCGAACAUAUUUACCUAAUGGUACACGAACUGAUUGGUGGGAACCUCCAACUAAAGUCGGAUACAACAAUAGUCGCAAUUGUAUAACUGACUAUUAUGUGAAUGAAUUAAAAACAUUGAGAUACCAAGUCAAUGAUGUUCUGGUAGAAGUUCAACUAGCUGGUGAACCUUUUUCACCGACGACUCUUCGACAUAUUGGUGCACUACGCAUAGCAUAUGGUGCUCUAAAGAAUAACGAUGAUAUGAAAUCAUUGAAAAUGCCUGGAACGAAUUUAACCAGUGAACAAACUUUUUUUCUUGCUUAUGCUCAAACACAAUGUUAUCAACGACAAGCAAUUGUACAGUUUCUAAGAACAGAGUCGGGCUCGUAUGAUGAAGGAACAGCAUUAAAUGCUGCUCUCAUUCAUAUGCCUGAAUUUGCUAAAACAUUCGAAUGUGAAGCAAGAAAAGAUCAAUGUUUUGAUUAG